AUGCUCUUAGAAAUAAUUAUAAAUUCUUCGUUCAUGGCCUACAAAGGCAUAGUUAUUAUCCGUCAUUCGAAUGAGAUUUGGAAUGUCCUGGAUCUCACCCGUGUUGACUUCAUGAAGUACAGAUGUCACGACAGAAUAUCUGAUGUCACUUAUAAUGCAUACUUCCGUGUAUUCCAAUUUUUGGAAACUUUUUAUGGACUAUGCGCCAUCCACUUUUCAAUCGUUUUUGAUACUCUUUUGAUUGCGAUAUGCUAUUCGUUGUCCAGCCAAUUGGAAACGUUAAAAAGCACCUACAGUUCGUUAGGACACACGCCAAAAAGAGUGUUGUAUGAUGAUGAUAUUGAGUGCAAAGAUGUAAACCGUGUUAAACCAGUAACGUCGGAUGACAUACAAAUGAUUAUUUCAGACCAUCAAGCAAUUAUAAAAAAAAUGGAACAGUUUUACAAGAUAGUCCGAUCAGUUAUUCUUUCACAAUUGGUUGUCUCUUCUAAUACACAAAUAUUUAUGUCUUAUAUUAUUGCGUUGAACUUCAUGAAUAGUAUAGGUUUGAGAUCGGUCGAAACAAUAAAAAUGUUAUGUGCAACUCCAAUUUUUUCUAUCCAGCUUUAUUUGACGUGUUUGUUGUUUGGAAAUAUAAAUAAACAAAAAAAUGAAAUCAACUUUGCACUCUACAGUAGUGAUUGGACAAACAUGGAUUCAAAAUGUAGAAAGUUGAUUUUAUUCGCUUUAAGAAUGAAUAAUGCAAAUCGAUUAACCAUGAGAGUGACGGAAACAAAAAUUGUCAAUUUGGAAAUGUUUAAAAAUGUUUUGCAUAUGAGUUAUUCAGUAUUUUCUGUGUUGGUGAAUUCUAACGCGCCAUAAAAAACAAAACUACGAUCUAAAAUGUAUUGUUAUAGUAUUUACUUGUGCACCGAAAAUGUUUGUAUAAUUGUAAUAUUGUUUAGUAAGGCUACUAAUGUUGGGUUGCAGAUGUUUAGUGGUUCCCCUGUUUUUUUUCUGUGUUCAGGCACAUUCUCUUCGGGAAAAGGAAGACACCUCGUCGAGUAAAGGGAUAAAUUCUUAUUGCAACUCUAAAAAUGUAAUUUUUAAAAAUGAAUUUGAAAAUAAGUUGACGUGAUCAAAAUGUAUAAAACACUAAACAUGUUUUUUCUUAUAAAGUAUUGCUUAUA